GUUCUGUCCCCCCGCUCCCGAGGAAGGAAGAAGAAUGUCCCAAAAACAGCUGAAGGAAGCCUUUAUCAGCAACCUAAACGGAACGAGUUUGCUGGAAAUUUCCGCAGGCUUGUCCCUGCCUCCGCUGUGCCUGCUCUGCAGAGGGCUCCUCCUGAUCCUGCACUACCUGCACCAUGGAAAACCUGUAAGCUCAAGGAAAUACAGCCUGCUGCUAGACUUCCUGGUGCUGGUGUCUCCUCUGCUGUUCUCCUGCACUGUCUUGUCUCCAAUCAUCUUUUUCAUACCAUUUAUCCUUGCUGCCUUCUGUGCCGGAAUAUUUUUCAAAAUAUACAGCCAGAGAAAACGGGAGGCCAGAGAGCCCUUUGGGCAAAUUGUAAAAAAAUUCCAGGAGACAUGCUUGGAUCCCGAGUGCAUUCCAGCAAUAACUGUGUUCCGUGUUUAUGUCAAUGUGCUGACAUCCAUCAGCAUUUUGGCCGUGGAUUUCCCGCAGUAUCCCCGGCGAUACGCCAAGGCCGAGACCUACGGCACCGGGGCCAUGGAUUUGGGGGUGGGAGCCUUUAUCUUUGGAAAUGCUCUCGUUUGCCCUGAGGUUCGACAGAAAUCUCACAGGACACAGCCCAGGUUCUCCAGGCAGGUGUUUUCUGUGUGGCCACUGAUUUCCCUCGGUGUUGGGCGGCUGCUGAGCGUUAAAUCCAUCGAGUACCACGAGCACACCUCAGAGUACGGGGUGCACUGGAACUUCUUCUUUACCUUGGCAUUGGUGAGACUUGCAGCAUCUCUGCUUUUAGCCAUAUUCCCCAGACAGAAGGCUUGGCUUGUGGCUGUAGCUGUGGCUGUUCUUUACCAGCUCCUCCUCAGCACUACCCCUCUGAAGACGUUCAUCCUGCACGGGAGCGACGGCAGGGGCUCCCGGCUCGGCUUCCUCGAUGCCAACCGGGAAGGGCUGCUCUCCCUCUUUGGCUACCUGGCCAUCUACCUGGCGAGUGUGCAGGUGGGGCUGUGGCUGCUGCAGCGCAGGAGCUCUGUCAGGGGCUGGCUGGGAGCCCUCAGGGGGCUGGCUCUGGCCGUUCUGGCCCUGUGGGUGUUGCUGCAGCUGUGCCAGGCGUGCACGGAGCCCGUGUCCCGCCGCAUGGCCAACCUGCCCUUCUGCACAUGGGUGCUCGCCCUCUGCCUGCUGCUGCUGGGCUUUUUUGUGCUCACUGACCUCGCCCUGGUGUUCACAAAGCUGCUGGUCAAGGGCUCCAGUGUGUCCUGCUGCUGGAAGGUUGUGCAGCCCCCAGAUUCCAGGAAAAAGCAAGGAAUGGAGGCUGUGACAGUGGGAAGGCAAGACAAGCUGUCACAGCUAUGCCUGAUCAGUGCUAUUAACAAAAAUCAAUUACUGUUUUUCUUGCUAGCCAAUGUUAUGACUGGUGCUGUGAACAUCCUGAUAGACACAAUCCACAGCAAGGCUGCCUUUACAUUAUGCAUACUGCACUUGUACAUGUUUUUUAACUGUUUAAUUAUGUAUAUAUUGCAUGCCAGGAAUAUAGUAUUAAAGUUUUGGUGAUUCCACUUUGGCUGAGUGGACUAGCUGGA